CUUCAGCUGCAUUCUCUUGAGCGGGCCUGAAUGAAGACAAAUGUAAAGAUGGCAUGUCCAAGGAAUUUUAAAAGGUGUCGACCUCCUGAUUGAGCAGUGCUGUGUAUUUUUUUUUUCUCUUUAGUAAACUGCUGUUCUCUCACAGGUCAAAGUCAUGAUCACGCUAACAGAACUCAAAUACUUAGCAGAUGCCCAGUCAUCCUACCACAUACUAAAACCAUGGUGGGAUGUCUUCUGGUAUUAUCUCACCAUGAUAAUGCUGCUAGUUGCUGUGCUCGCUGGGGCUCUCCAGCUUACUCAAACCAGAGUGUUGUGUUGUCUUCCUUGCAAGCUAGAAUUUGACAAUCAUUGUGCCGUGCCUUGGGAUUUGGUUAAAGCCAACCUGAACAUGUCGGCUGGCUCUCCAGCGCAGAUAACCAUCCCGCUUAAGAUCCAGAAUUAUCUCCAUCGGCAGCAGUAUUCCUACAUUGAUGCAGUAUGUUAUGAGAGACAGCUUCACUGGUUUGCCAAAUUUUUUCCAUACCUAGUGCUUCUGCAUACCUUUAUUUUUGCAGCUUGCAGUAAUUUCUGGCUUUACUAUCCUAGUACAAGUUCCAGGCUUGAGCACUUUGUGGCCAUUCUUCAGAAGUGUUUCGAUUCUCCAUGGACAACACGGGCCCUCUCAGAAACAGUUGCUGAGCAGUCUGUGAGGAAGCUGCCAAUAGCCAAAUCAAAAGCAGCGAUUUCAUCACCUGGGAGUUCAGUAGAUAUAGGGGCCAGCAGACAGUCCCUGCCUUAUUCUCAGCCUGGCAUGGAAACAACUGGAAGAGAAAAUUCAUCAAGUGUUCUCGACAAAAAAGAAGGGGAACAAGCUAAAGCUAUAUUUGAAAAAGUGAAGAAAUUCCGAGUACAUGUUGAAGAGAAGGAUGUCAUAUAUACAGUGUAUAUGAAACAAAUUAUAGUGAAAGUCAUUGUAUUUGUAAUAAUAAUAAUUUAUGUCCCUUACUAUUUAUCAUUUAUUACACUUGAAAUCGAUUGCGUAGUAAAUGUUCAAGCCUUUACAGGUUACAAAAGGUACCAAUGUGUUUAUUCACUAGCAGAAAUUUUUAAAGUUUUGGCUUCAUUUUAUGUUGUUUUAGUGAUCUUCUACGGCUUAACUUGUACUUACAGUUUGUGGUGGAUGUUAAGAAGCUCACUUAAGCAAUAUUCUUUUGAGAAGUUGAGAGAGAAGAGUAAUUACAGUGAUAUACCUGAUGUAAAGAAUGACUUUGCAUUUAUUCUCCACUUGGCAGACCAGUAUGAUCCUCUUUAUUCCCAGCGCUUCUCAAUAUUCUUGUCUGAUUUGAGUGAAAACAAGCUGAAACAGAUAAACCUUAACAAUGAAUGGUCAGUGGAAAAACUGAAAAAUAAACUAGUGAGAAAUUCCCAAGACAAGGUUGAACUUCACCUUUUCAUGUUGAAUGGUCUUCCAGACAGUGUCUUUGAACUGACAGAAAUAGAAGUCCUAAGCCUGGAACUUAUUCCUGAAGCCAAGCUUCCUUCAGCUGUGACCCAGCUAGUCAAUCUCAAAGAACUAAAUGUUUAUCAUUCAUCGCUAACUAUGGAUUAUUCAGCAGUCAGCUUCUUAGAAGAGAACCUGAAAACGUUGCGCCUGAAAUCCAGUGAGAUGGGAAGAAUUCCAUUUUGGGUUUUUCAUCUGAAAAACAUACAAGAAUUGUGCUUAACAGGAUAUUUCAUGCUUGACCAUCACAACUCCAUAUACAACGAAAGCUUUCAGGGGCUAAAAAAUCUGAGAUCAAUUCACUUAAAAAACAACCUUUCCCGUAUACCUCAAGUGGUUACAGAUCUUCUGCCUUCUUUACAGCACUUAUCUAUCAACAAUGAGGGAAAUAAACUGAUAGUGCUCAAUAAUCUGAAGAAGCUAGUAAACCUGAGAACCUUGGAAUUAAUCUGCUGUGAUUUAGAGCGCAUUCCCCACUCGAUUUUUACCUUGAACAAUUUGCAUGAAAUUGACUUAAAAGAAAAUAACCUCAGAACAGUGGAAGAAAUAAUUAGUUUUCAGCAUCUUAAGAACCUUUCUUGCUUAAAAUUGUGGCACAACAGUAUUUCGUAUGUCCCAGUGCAGAUUGGUGCAUUAUCAAACCUGGAACAAUUGUAUCUAAAUUAUAAUAAUAUUAAAAAUGUUCCAUUGCAGCUAUUUCUUUGUAAAAAAUUACAGUCUUUGGAUCUUAGCUAUAAUAAACUCACCUCCAUCCCUGAAGAAAUCAGUUAUCUGACCAAUCUGCAGUACUUGGCUUUGACGAAAAACCAUAUUGAAAUGCUGCCUGAUGGAUUAUUUCAGUGCAAAAAGCUGCAGUUUCUUCUUUUGGGAAACAACAGUCUGAUGUAUCUGUCCCCUCGUGUGGGUCAGCUGCUGAAUCUGGUUCACUUAGAGCUCAUUGGAAACUAUCUUGAAUUGCUUUUUGAACUGGAAGAAUGUCAGUUCUUAAAGCGGAACGGCCUAAUUGUAGAAGAGAGGUUGCUAAAAACACUUCCACCUCGUGUAAGAGAGCGUUUGCAGACAUGCUCAGAUAAGUGCUAAGUUUAAAAACGAAACUGCAUCACUGCAUCCCGUAGGCCUUUUGCUUAAUAUCUCUCCAAAGACCUGUAUAGGUGGAAAGAAGUGAAGAAGAGAUAAGUUUACAAAUCAGUCUUAAAUACAUUGAACUGAGUCAUCUGUAUUGGAAAA